CGUCCGCCCAAAUUCCGCCAACAUCAAGACUUUUGUCAAUUUGCUUGUAUUCAUCAUACCGCAAUGUCCGAGCCAUCCUCGUCUCCCUCUCUCCCAAAGCCCCGCCGGGUCGUAACUGGCCACAACGCCGAAGGCCUCGCAACCGUCCAACACGACUCAUACCUCGACAGCCACCCCUUGGGUGAUGGCGGCAACUUGGCACCAGUGUGGUACACCACCGAGCAACCGGCGGAUGUCAGCAGCUCUGAAGAUAAGGCUCUCCUAAAGCCGGGCAUACCACCACCUGGGUCUGGUUUUACCUCCUACGAUCUACCUCCCCAGUCUAAGGGACUUUUCCAUCGCACAAUCACCGUCGACUACGUAAUAGUUGCCAAGGGGAGUGUGGUUCUUCGCUUAGAUGAUGGUUCUAGAUUGAAGUUGAAUGAAAGCGACGUCGUGAUACAACAGUCAACAAUGCACGGUUGGGAUAACGAGUCUAACGAGUGGGCUCGACUAUAUGGCAUCAUGAUCCCGGCGCAAGCUCCAACUGUCAAUGGGAAGGCUUUGGAGACUGUUUGGCCCAUAUAGGGUGCUAUGGAUUUCAUAACUACUACCUAGUUUCUUUUCCUUUCUUCCAAGUGUGUAUAUUAGGGAGAAAAAGAGGAUUUGGUUAUUUGAGGAACGAUCAGCCACACCACUGUUCCAAUAACGUUGUUUGGACACCGUGAUAUUUUAUGCUAUCAAAUAUAACUUCAGGCCUCAUGCUAGAGUCGAAACAAUCAAAGAUACGGCCUAUUAUUCUUUUUGGACCCAGUCAAUCCUCUGACACAGACCUUCUGUAGGACACAUCGCACCGCUGGACAUAAACCCUGGCCUUGGAUGUAUCCGCCUUCUAGGGUGUCUAGUUUAGAG